AUGGAGAAUCCUCGCGGUCUAACCACACCACCCAAAUCACGCGGUUCGAAUGGACCAAGCAAACCAGCGGAACUAAAUGAACAAAACGAACUUGAGUCUGAAAUACUUCAAGCAGACGCGCCUAAACCAGAUGAUAAGCGUGAUGGAGGUUUGAAGGAUAACAAUUUCGAAGCAGCUGCUGAAACUGGAGCGAACGACGCACAAGCAAACGACAUACAAGUGAACGACACAGAAGCGAAUGACUCAGAUUCAUCAUUUGAGGACCCCGACAUUCGAUCUCGACGACCUGACGUAUAUAAUGGAGGCGUAUCCAAUUCAGCAUACAACCCAUACGUACAUUCCGGCCAAAUUAUGAGAACCGCACGUCACGGACCAGACGGACGUCCCCUGUUCGCGUGGGUAACCCGGCUAUAUGAGCGCAGAAGCAUGAUAUACUAUCCCCGAAGCCUCUUUACGGGAAGACGUGGAGUGAAGAGAGGGAUGGUCACCGAACAGGUUUCUAACACUAUAAAGCUAAACGGCGGCUUUUUCAGCAAGACCCUCAGAACCAAGACGCAGCCCUACUAUGACGAGAGGGAAAUCUAUUUCGUUCAGGAGCAAACGAUGUGCUCGUACUGGAGACGGAAUCGUGUCGGAACUACUCCCCCUCCCGAUGUUGUUCGUAGAGUCAAAAUACCAGCCCUGCCAAUGUGA